AUGGUGGUUAUUACUGAAGUUAAGGACAAUAACGGUAGUAACGGCGAAAACACCGUUUCCAAUGGUUCUACCCGUACAGCUGCUCAUACACAUAUUAAAGGCCUUGGAUUGGGCGAAAAUGGUGUUGCUAAACAGGUCGAUGGAGGGUUUGUAGGCCAAAUUGAGGCCCGUGAAGCUUGUGGUGUUAUUGUGGACCUAAUCAAGGCUAAGAAGAUGUCUGGUAGAGCUAUAUUGUUAGCGGGAGGUCCAUCUACAGGUAAGACCGCGCUUGCAUUGGCGAUUUCUCAGGAAUUGGGGCCAAAAGUGCCCUUCUGCCCUUUGGUGGGUAGCGAACUAUACUCUGUGGAAGUUAAGAAGACUGAGACUUUGAUGGAGAACUUUAGAAGAGCCAUAGGGCUCAGGAUCAAGGAGAGGAAAGAAGUCUAUGAGGGUGAAAUCACAGAAUUGACUCCAGAAGAUGCAGAAAAUCCUCUAGGUGGAUACGGGAAGACUAUCUCGCACGUUAUUGUCGGUUUGAAGUCUGCAAGGGGUACUAAGACUCUGAGACUCGAUCCAACUAUCUACGAGAGUAUUCAACGUGAAAAAGUGAGCGUUGGGGACGUCAUAUACAUUGAGGCCAAUACAGGUGCAGUGAAGAGAGUCGGUAGAUCCGAUGCUUACGCUACAGAAUUUGAUUUGGAGACCGAAGAGUACGUGCCGCUGCCAAAAGGUGAAGUGCACAAGAAGAAAGAAAUCGUACAGGACGUUACCUUGCAUGACCUUGAUAUCGCAAAUGCUAAACCUCAAGGUGGCCAGGAUGUUAUCUCAAUAAUGGGUCAAUUGCUGAAACCUAAGAAGACUGAGAUCACUGAGAAAUUAAGGCACGAAGUCAACAAAGUUGUGGCCAAAUAUAUCGAUCAAGGUGUUGCCGAGCUGGUCCCAGGUGUGCUUUUCAUUGAUGAAGUUAACAUGCUUGAUAUUGAGAUCUUCACAUAUUUGAACAAAGCGCUAGAGUCGAAUAUUGCUCCCGUAGUCGUUUUGGCCUCUAAUAGAGGUAUGACCACUGUGCGUGGAACUGAAGAUGUUGUGUCUCCUCACGGUGUACCACCGGAUUUGAUUGACAGAUUGUUAAUCGUACGUACAAUGCCCUACAUUAAAGAAGAGAUUCGCUGCAUCGUUGAGAGAAGGGCCAAGGUCGAAAAUUUACAAGUGGAAACCUCCGCUUUGGAAUUUUUGGCUGAUAUGGGCAGUAAGACUUCACUGCGUUAUGCCCUGCAGCUCUUAUCGCCCGCCGGUAUCCUGUCUCAAUCAUCUGGCCGUAAGGAGAUCAUAAUCUCCGAUGUUGAGGAAGCCAAGGCAUUAUUCUUGGAUGCUAAGAGAUCUACUCAAAUUUUGGAAACGGCUAACAACUAUUUGUAG